AUGGUUAGAUCAAGAGAGAAAAGUGUAUGCACAAGAGGAUGGUUUAUUUAUCUCUUUCCCCGUGACAGAAGUUUUGUGCUAUAUUCCUUGAAGACAAAUUUGAACGGUCGGGUGACCAUCAUCCUUUCAAAACAUUUAAAGCUGAAAGUUCUCUUAAAUGAGAUGUCCUCCUCAGCAGCUUUGGACAUUCUUAAGGAAUUUGGUGCUAUUAAGUUGCCAGAUGAGGUUGUUCAAAGAAGAAAAGCUUCCAAAUCUCCCCUAAAAAUAAUGACUGAAGCUGAUGCCUCUUUGAUUAGGCAAAAUGGGUUAUCAGAUGAACUUCUGGAGCAGCUACCAAACAGGUGGGAACGACUCGGUGAUAUUAUUGUGUUCCCAAUUUCUUCCUUCAGGGACCCAGUAUGGGAUUCAAUUGGGGGGAGCUUUGGCCCAUUAUUGCCGAAUCCCUUAAUACUUCCGCCUUGCAAGGCAGGGUCGAGUUGCUGCAAAUGGUACGAGGGACAGUACUUUGGAGAUACUUGUAGGAGAUAGUGGCUGGGUUGAUCAUCGUGAGAAUGGGAUUCUAUAUUCUUUUGAUGCUAUUAAGUGCAUGUUCUCUUGGGGCAAUCUUUCUGAGAAAAUCCGUAUGGCCAAUUUGGAUAGUACAGAUGCAGUCAUUGUGGAUCUGUUUGCUGGAAUUGGAUAUUUUGUGUUUC